AUGAAAGAGAUGACAUCGGAAGAUGAGCCCCUCAGGUCAAGAGGUGACCAAUAUAACGGAGCCUUUGAUUUUGAAGCCAAACCCACAGUUGCAGCUGCAGGACCUGGCGGGGGCGGGGCCAGGAGGUGGGGGCGGGGUCCGGCCGGGCCGCGGCGGUUUUCCCGCCGAACUAGGGCUGCAGGUGUGCGCUAGGGUCUCAGUUGCGGCAGCCCCCAGCCCCACUCCGCCCCUCUACCCCCUGUAGCCGCCAUGCUGCCCGCCGCCUGCUCCCACAGGCUGGUCGCUGAGCUCCAAGGAGCCCUGGCAGCCUGCCAGAGGAAGGAGAAGGAGUUGGAAGAGUCCAUUGCCCGCUGCCGAGUGUUGCUUCAACCCUGGGAAGCUCCCUCUCCCCCAAGCCCUGAGCCAGCCGGGAGCACAGAGACUAAAACUGCUUUCACAGCACAUGAACCAACUCCCAAAGACCUCAAGGAAAUGGAGCUGCUGACCCAGGCCCUGGAGAAAGCCCUUCGGGUCCGGAAAGGCAUCUCCCAGGUCCAGUCAGAGCAGAGUGCCUCCAGUGGGAAAACUGUUCCUCCUCCGAUCACUGCCCAAGAAGGCCCUGGGGCCAGGCCCAGAACUUCAAACCCAAAAGCUUAUGCUCCAGCCAAGCUUCCAACUACCUCUCAAAGGGCCAGCAGUAGGCUGAAAAAGGCUGCCAGAGCCUCCUCCCAUAGGGGCAAGGCCCCUGGAAAUGCUCUCACACAUGCCAAGCAGCCAGACAGCUCAGUGCCCAUCAAGGGGCCAGCUCAGCUCUGCCCUCAGCCUUCCCAAGGCCAGGUCCCAGGGCUCCCAACUUCCACUCCAGUUUCAGUCUUAAAAGAAGCAGGUGCUACUGGACCAGAAGAAGUAAAGACCCAACCAGGUCUUACAUCUGAGGCCUUCACACUCAAGGAGAAUGGGACACAGCUGCAGCUGCCUCUGUUCUAUAAGAAAAUUGCUUCCAGGAAUUCCAGCCUGUGGGCCCAGGUCCAGCACUCCCAGUCCAGUCCUGAUCCCGAUGUUGCUGCUGCCAAAGCCCGUUUCCUGGAGAGAAUGAAGGCGACUUUUGACUUGCCCAGCCCAGCAAUCAGUCUUGCUGAGAUCCAGGAGGAGGUGCAUCGCCUGGACCAGGCUUGCUACCUACUGACUCAGCAUCUGGAAGAGACACUGGACAUGAAUGAGGAAGCAGCUACAGCCUCUCUGAGCUGGGAGCAGGAAUACCGCUGUCUGGUCACCUUGGAAGGACUGCAAGCUGCUGUAGAACGGCAUUUGCUUAGACUACAAGAGCUUCGAGAAGCGGAGGAACAAUGGUUGCACUCUGGGCCUGUAGAGAGCUCUCCUUGGGCCUCAGCCCUGUGUUUAGGAGGAAAGGGGUCCAGCAGUUCCACCAACCGCCUUGUCUACUCCAACGUGCAAGAGCUGCAGACCGUGACAGCUCUCAAUCUUCGAGUGGCAAUGUUGAAGCAGCAGAUCCACCUCGAAAAGGUUCUGAUGGAAGAACUUCUCCCCCUGGUGAGAUCUGAGAGCCCUGCUGACCCAGCUCAGUUGGCACUGUACCGGGCUAUCCAUAGCCAGCUCUGUGAGGCUGGGGAGCGCUUCUCCAUACUGGUGAAAGAUGAGCCAUCUGUCUGAGUGUGGCAUGGACCCUAUCAGCCAUCACUCCAAUCUGGGGCCUCCCUCCACUGAAUUUAUGUUCCCCUUGCCACUUGUCAUUUAUUAGCCAGCAACCUUUGCUUUCUGUUCCCUAGGAAGUCUUGAAAGCCAUAUGGGAACAUUAAACAUCAUAGCUGAUCUCUGCCCUCCUCCACCCACAGUUCCUUGCCCUUCUGUCUUUCCACCUGGUCCAGGACUAUAGGACUCAGUAACCUAGGCCAAGGACAGGGAGGGGCUUAUUGUUUGUACUAGGGUAUGGCUCCUUGGGGAGAGGAGAGGAUGUAGAGGGACUGAAGGCUGUAAGGGGACUGUAUUGACUAAUAAUACUGAUAAUCUAAGCUGGAAGAACAAGGGGAACAGUACCCUAGAAAUGAACAUGGCCUCUUAUAGUACUAUUGGGGGCCUUAGCAAUAGAAAAAGGUUGAAAUUGCCCUAAGACCAGAGCCCGCUUCAGGGAUGUUCCACUUCACGCUUGGCCAGCACAGCACAAGACAUUUGUUCAAUGGUAAGAGAGUGAUCAUAAAAUUUACUGAAAGGCACAGUCACUCUUCAGGCUAGGACAGUUGAGGGAGCCUUCUAGGAGGAGGUAGACUUAAGUUAGAUCUUGAAGAAUAGGUGGGAGUUGGUCAGGGUGAGGCAAUAUUCUAGAUAGGGAACAGAACUAGCAAAAGAGAAGAAAUAGGAAGGCCUGACAAUUUGGAGAGAGGCCAACAAGGAUGGAAAAGUGGAUGGCAGGGCCAGAGGAAAGGGCCUCGAAGGCCAGGCUAAGGAGUAUGGACUUGAUUCUGUAGGCAAUGAGGAAGCUAUGGAAGGGUCUAUCUAUCAAGAAGUCAUAAGUUGGGCUCUAGUCCCAGCUCUGUGCCUUACUUUCUAGGUGACGGUUUCUUCAUCUGUACAAUGGGGAGAAUGAUAUUUGUAUAACUUACAUAAAGUACUUUGGAAAUGUGAGUUUUGGCAACAUUUAAUAAAGGUGUAUGACAUCUAACUUCCUGAAACACGCAUGGAUUUCAGUUACAGUUGCACUCACUUUAUAUGUAGAGACAGUUGUAUAGGAUCUACUUUUAUUCUUAAAUAUAUUUUUAUUCCAAACUUCAAACACCAAAUUCCAAAUACCAAACAUUGAACAUUUCCAUAUACAUAGG